CGAAAAGCUUUGAUACCAUAAAAGCGUUUAGGCACCAGGAUAUGAAGUGUCUCUCAAAAAGCUUUGAUACCAUAAAAGUGUUUUAGGCACCAGGAUAUGAAGUGUCUCUCAAGAGAAUAUAAAUACUAUGGAUUCUACCUAUUCUGAAGCUCACAUGGGUCCUACACAAUCAACUGCUAUAAGCCAAGAGCCAUCUCUAGCUAAUGAUGAUGGAGGCCAUGCAACCUCCUGUACUGUCAAUCUAGCUACUGCUAUUGGAGACCAAAUUGCACCAUAUACUGCUAGUAUUGAGCAGCAAGAGGAGAGGGGUAAUAAAGACAAUGAUGCCUCAACAUCUACUUUUGACUCAACCAUGGUGUUAGCUCAAGCUGCAAACCCAACAGAGAAUAGCCCAAGCUCACAUUCUCAUCCCAUGAUCAAAAGGUCAUAACAGGGAAUUUGCACGCCAAACCCAAAAUAUGCUGCCUUACAAGUCCAUUCCAAGACUUGUGCUCUUUCUUCGGUAAUAAUUUCCUUGAUUUCCA